CCGCGCGCGGCGUCGGUUCCCCAAGAUGGCGGCGGCCAGCAGCAGCGGGCCGGGCUGCGGCGAGGCGGCGGCGGCGGCGGGCGGCAAGCGGGGCCCGCUCGGCAUCCCCGAGGCCGUCUUCGUGGAAGAUGUGGAUUCUUUUAUGAAACAGCCCGGAAAUGAGACAGCAGAUGUAGUUCUGAAGAAGUUGGAUGAGCAGUACCAGAAGUAUAAGUUUUUGGAACUUAAUCUUGCUCAGAAGAAACGAAGGCUAAAAGGUCAGAUUCCCGAAAUUAAACAGACAUUAGAAAUUUUAAAACACAUGCAGAAGAAAAAGGAAUCCACAAAUCCAAUGGAAACCCGAUUUUUAUUGGCAGAUAAUCUCUACUGCAAAGCUUCAGUUCCUCCUACAGACAAAGUUUGUUUGUGGCUGGGGGCCAAUGUGAUGCUUGAAUAUGAUAUUGAUGAAGCUCAGGCUCUGUUAGAGAAGAACUUGUCAACAGCCACAAGAAACCUUGAUUCUCUAGAGGAAGACCUGGAUUUUCUUAGGGAUCAGUUCACCACUACAGAAGUCAAUAUGGCUAGAGUUUAUAAUUGGGAUGUAAAGAGAAGAAACAAGGAAGACCCUUCCAAAAACAAAGCAUAGUUUUGCCAGUUUUAAAUGUGGUUUCAAUUUCAAAAUAUUUUUAUUUAAAUACCCCUGAAAUUCAUUCUUAAGGGACUGAGUUACUUUAAGCAUUUCAGUAAAUGGUAAAAUAUAUAAAAACUAAUGGUGAGCGACACUUUAUUUAUUUGUGAACUCAAAAUUUGGUUUCAUGCAUGUUUCAUGGAAGUAUAGAUUGUUUGAAAAGACACCACGCAGUCCAGCUGAGGACAUAAUAUUUGGAUCAGACCAGUCUGCUAUAAGUAAAUUUCUGCCUGAAUGUUUGUCUGAAGAGGUGAGGUGCAGGUAUGGAACUGAGUCUGACAGCAUGUUAGCAGGUUAAGGUCAUGCAGGGUUUACUUUUCAUUUCUGUGUACAGCUGAUGAGGUUAAAGUCAGCGUGGGCUGGGAAUACACGUAGCUAUAAUGUUCUAAGAAAAAAGACACAGCGAAGUCCUGGAUUUUUGUCUCAGUCAGUUACUUCUUUGGCAGCAUCAAUAUACAAGCAUUCCACUUUGGAUAAACUUGAUUUUAAUGUUAGUUGACUGCCUGUUGCUGAACUCUCAGCACUUUACAUACAACACUUCGUGACUUGUCUUCAGAAAAGAAUGCUGAAUGGAGUAAACAGCACAAGUUAUGUCAAGCCUGCAGGUGCUCUCACCCUGUUCUUUUUCCACACACAUGCACACACGGCUUACUUUUGCAAACUACUGAACAAGGACACCAAAAAGCUGGCAGCCUGUAAAUGAAAAAAACCCUACUUGCAAUCCCUUAGAUGAGAUGUCGUUCAAAUGUCUUAACACUCAGCCUCCCAGGUGGUGAAACCUGUAUUAGAUAAGGAUGGUUGACUGCAGUCGGGCUUCUGGUGUUAUCAGGUGGAAUGUUUUUUUUUUGGUUCUUACGAAGCCUUGCAAGAUUGUUGCCUUUUACCUCUGCAGUUUCUGUCUAAAAUGAAAUGCUCAGUGGUGAUGUCAGUGGCUAAAAUGCACAUUCUCUAAGAGUACAGGUUUUGCUGCAAAAUAAACGCAAAUGUUAACUGUUUGAACUUCAUGUAAGAAACAACAUACCUGUAAAGUUUUUGUACUUUUAUUUCAUGAUAUUAAAAUAGUAAAACUGAACAAUUGUGGCAAACACCGGUUUUUGUGCAUCUUUCUUUGUAGGAGAAAGUCAUGAAUUUGAGGUAUGAUAUUCUGUGUUUCCCUCUCAUCACUGGGGAUAGGGGAGAAGCUGAAGCAGCUGUGGAAAGCAUAGCUGCUGGAUAAUGGUGUGAGUGAAAUGGGGGCUGUGAGUCAGCACACCUGAAUUUGUGAACAGAAGCAAUUGAUUUGACAGCACUGUGGCUGAAAAUCAGCAAGACCUCUAGAGAUGGGAAUAAAAGAGGUAAGUCCCUAGCUGUGCUCACAAUACGUACCUGGACUGGGCUCAUUCACACCUUUAUUUGCAGGGAGGUGCUGUUUUUUUUCCCUAGUGUCUUUGACUAGGAGAGAGCAUUUCAAACCAAUGCAUUAUCUGACUAGCAUGUAUCUCUAGCCCUCGCUAUGCUUGGUUGAAGCUGUGCUUCUCUCCCCUUCUGAGAGCAUCAGGAACGAUGAGAAAGGCAGCUGCAAACGUCCUGAUUUCUCUUGCAAUUUUCUCUUCUGUUUGGAUUAAUGAGAUCCCAACAGGCUAAAGCACUUCCCCACACCACCACUUUUCUAGCUGGUCCUAAGGCAGCAACUGCUUCUCUUUGUUGUGCACAAUGAAAUGAUGAGUUAAGCAUUUAUGCGCCAUCAAAAAACCCUACUGUGCACAGCUCCCAAUGACCUAAUGCUGGGUAUUAGUGUGAGGGGGGAGGCAGCAUUAGGGCUGCAAGCACUCAGCAGGAUCAAAACGUAUCAGGUUGUUGGGCGAGAGCUGGACCUUGGGAUAAUACACAACUCUUGGUUUUGAAUAGAGGGUUUUGUUGUUGUUUGCUUAGCACAAAGUUAAAAAAUCCAGAGGCAACUCUGGCUUCCGUAUGACUGAUCUUCACCCAGUAUUGCCCUGUUGUUUACUGAUAAAUUUGUGUUACUUGGAUUAAGAACAGAAAGGUCUUAUACAGGAGCUAGAACAGCUUCUGCAGUGUGCCAAAUGCCGCCUGCUGUGAGGCUCCAGGAGGGGCUGUAGCUCCUUUGGCUACUACUGCAGGGAGGGCACUGCUGCUUUUAGAAUGGCUGACAUCUCUACAGCUGCUCUGGUGUUCUCAGCACCCCAGCCUGCUGGUUUUGCAGAUGUGACCGAUUGGCUGUUACAGAAUAAUGUGCAGCAGU